AGGGUUUUCUUCCGAACCUGUAAAAUAGACGGAAAUAGAACCCGACGGAAGUCGUGAACCCCUUUUGCCUCGGCCGCCGAUGCUCACCGCCGUGCGAUCCCGAGCCCUGGCCGGAUGCCGCCCGGUUCUCCCACGCCGCCUCUCGUCCGCCAGCGCCUCGCCGGCUCGGCCAUCGGAGCUUAUCGAGCUCUCGGAGGUGGAGAAGGUGCUGAGCGACGUCCGUGCCGGGGACGUGCGCGUGUUCCCCGUCGGUGAGGGCGGACUCCACGGCGGCGCCUGUGCGGACUACAUGGUUGUCGCCACCGGCCGCUCCGACUGGCACGUCCGCAAUAUCGCCCAGGCUAUACUCUACAAGAUAAAGCAGAAACAAAAGGGUUCUGAUCGAAUAUUGAUGCCGAGUGUAGAAGGCCAGCAAGCUGGAAAGUGGGUCGUCAUUGAUUCUGGAAGUAUCAUCAUCCACGCGCUUGAAGAAAGAGCAAGAGAGUACUAUGAUCUGGAAAGCGUUUGGACAAAGGCGGUGUCCCCUAACAUUUCUGCUCAGGAGUUGGAGACUUCACUUGUGAAGACACGCCGCAGGGACCACUCGCAGAAACCCAUGAAGAGCAUCUGAGCUAAAUGCGCCGCGGCCAUGAUCGAUCGCCUGCAGUGGGUUUGUUCAAGGUUUUUGAGUUUGACAGCGCCAAGUAUUCUUGCUUGUGUGCAGAACCUUGAAGGGUAGAUUUCUAAGUUUGCUUGUGAAUGAUGUCUCAUCAGGAUUCAUGGCACCAUGAUGUCUCUGCAAGCUUGUGUUUUGUGUUUUGUACUUUUGAUCAUUUUGUCGCCUGCAAGUUCAAGCCUAGAUUGUGGUUUUUCUUUUGUUUCCUGUUGUUAUCCAGCUCUUUGGAUAGUACUCAUAAUAUAUACUGGUGCUAUCUUGGAUCCAAGGUAACACUUUGGACAAUUUA